CCCGACCACUCUCGGUAGUUCCUAUCCGCAAGCUCGAAACUUUAUAUACGUACCUCGACGCAAGCUCACUAGUCAUUUACGGUGUGUUUUUACGCUGGGUGGCAGCACCUGUUCUCAAAUCAAAUCCAUUUUACGAGGAGGAAGUCAGUGGACAGCCGGUUAACGUAGAAAAUCAAGAUUGUGAGAGAUUUUAUGCUGUGGUGUAUUGAAUAAUUGCUCGUCUGGCACGCAAACGACUGGGGUUCAAAUCCUCGAUUUUCAGUGAAUUCUUUCUUUCGUUGAAAUACUAUUGGGUACAUUUUUAGCGAGUUGCUGCUGUGGUGUGUUGGAUAGUUACUUGUCUGGCACGCAAACGACUGGGGUUCAAAUCCCCGAUUUUCAGUGAGAUUUUUUUUUUUCGUUCAAAUGUCGUUGGGGACAUUUUAAUCAAGUUGCUGUGGUGUAUUGAAUAGUUACUUGUCUGGCACACAAACGACUGGGGUUCAAAUCCCCGAUUUUCAGUGAGAUUUUUUUUUUUCGUUCAAAUGUCGUUGGGGACAUUUUAAUCAAGUUGCUGUGGUGUAUGGAAUAGUUACUUGUCUGGCACACAAACGACUGGGGUUCAAUCCUCGAUUUUUAGUGAGAUUUUUUUUUUUCAUUGAAAUGUCAUUGGGGACAUUUUGAUCGAGUUGCUGCUGUGGUGUAUUGAAUAGUUACUUGUCUGGCACGCAAACGACUGGGUUUCAAACCCCAAAUUGUCAUUCGGAAAUUUUUAAUCUUCAGAGAUCUCAUUGAGAGGAUUGUGAGCAGCCCUUGAGCGACGGCGUUUUCACUGUUGCAUCCUGAAACAUCUGUUGUCCAUAAUCACCGAGCUAUAUCACGAGAACCAUCACAAAGUGCUAGCAGAGUCUGAAAUUCCCAAAAAAAUAUCAGACAAAAGAAAUUAAUUCUCGUCAAAAAUCGUGCGCGGGAAAUGAUGACAAGCAUGCGCAGAAGGACUCCUGUAUCAUCAUUAAUUAUUAUGGGAUGGUGGUGCAGCGAUCGCGAGGUGGCGUAGGUGGAGAUUACGAAAGCGAGUGAGAGAGACAGGAAAGGAAGAAGAGAACGUCAGGAGGAAGAGGAUUUUUGGAAUACACAAAGAAGAAAAGGGCCGAGGGAGAGGAAUAAAGAACAAAGGAGAUUAUCGAAGAGCCAUAGGGCUGACUGAUAAGAUAGGAGCGAGAGUGAUAGGGUGCAGGGGGCAUGCGGGGCGCGGGCGAGGCCCAGCUAGAUGGUCCCAUUGGAGCCAGGUUGAUAUAAAUCUGGAUUUGCUUGGUCUUCAUUGUCUUGGAGGAGGUAGCGUAGUGUGUUACGUGUGCUCACCCCCUCCCCACCUGCACCUGCACCUGCACCACGCUGAUUGUUGAAGAACCUAGCUGAUAGGGAGGGAUCAGGCGUUGGGGAAGAGGGUUCGGGAUUAUUAAGUUGGAUCUUGGCGAGAGGCGAGCACAGCUCGCUCUCAAGCGGAUGGAUCAUGUUGGAGAUGCCGAGCGGACUCGGUGCGACUGCAAUGGGAAUAGGCGUUAGUCACGGUGGCAGUGGAGCUGAGGGUGGUUGUCGUCUUCGGGCAUCCAGUCAGGGCCAGGUGUCCCAACAGCAGACUACCAAUCAGGGAUCAACGACCGGUGGACAGCAGUCUGAUCAGCAACAGCAGUCGUCACAGCUGCAAGAUGUUCAGCCACAGCAACAAGUUAAGCAGGAGCAGAGCCAACAGCAACAGAGGGUUGGCCACACCGGCAGAUCGAAGAAGGAUAACUGCUGCUUGUGCUGGUGCUGUUGCUGCAGUUGCUCGAACAAAUGUUUGGCAGCAGUUGGAACUGGCAAUGGUGGUGGUUCGGGUGGUGGUGGUGAAGCAGGAAAAAAACGGGGAAACAGUGGAAUAGCAAGCGGUGAUAUUGUAACAAGUGGUGAUGGUGGUGAUAUGACAGUAUCGAGUGCUGGUAAUGGACUUGAUGGUUUGGAUGGCCUCGACAGUACACCCGAGUGUUGUGGCCUAGAAGAAGUACGUUCGUGGGGCUCGUCCUUCGAUAAAUUAAUGAGAAGUGGAGCUGGUAGAAAACUAUUUCGUGAAUUUUUAAUAAGUGAAUACAGCGAGGAGAAUAUUGCAUUUUGGUUGGCGUGUGAACAAUUAAAGCGUGAAAGCAAUCCAGAGAAAAUUGAGGAGAAGGCACGGUACAUCUAUGAGGAUUACAUAUCGAUACUUUCGCCUAAAGAAGUGAGCUUGGACUCACGAGUCCGUGAGAUCGUAAAUAGGAAUAUGAUAGAGCCAACACCGCACACAUUCGACGAGGCACAACUUCAAAUCUACACACUGAUGCAUCGUGACUCUUACCCACGUUUUGUCAACAGUGAUAUAUUCCGUAGAGUAGCUAGACUGGGCAGUGGACCACCUAGUCCGACGAACGCCGAAUCAGAUCAUGGCCCACCCAGUGGUAAAACCAAAUCAAAGAAAUCGGUGACGUAAUUAAUCGUGAACCUCAUUAAGAACUUGAAUUUUCAAUAUAAACAAUUGCUGGUAAUUACGAAUACUCGUUUGAUGAUACUGGAGAUACGAAAAUACCGAACAGAGACGGUUGUUCAUGUCACUGGGUCUGGGAAGGGUACAAUUCAGUGGUGAAGUGGGAAUACAGGACAUGCCCAUCUAAUUUUUUGUGAAUAUUUCUUGAUUUAGAGGAGGGCGGGGCAAAAUAGAACACCAGGAAAAGCGGCUAUUUGGCAAAAUUUAGGUAAUUUUUUUUGUUGGGGGGUCAAUAUGACCCUUGAAAACGCAAAAAAUUUGACCCGCAACUAGAUAAAAAUUGUUCUGAGGGUCAAACGACCCUUAAGGACUUUUGGAAAUAGGGAUCAAAUGGUCUUCAGAGUCCAAUGACUCUGAAGAACGUUUAGGAUUGAUGGUGAAAUAGUCUUGAGGGUCGAACGGGUAAAAUCAGAGUCAUCAAAAAGGGUCAUUUGACCCUUAGAACAAAUUGAGCCUCAAAUAGUUCCUAAGGGUCGUGAACGCGAUUAAUAAAGGGUUAUUUAACCCUCAUAAUCAUUUAUUUCUAGUUGAGGGUCAAAUGGUUUUGAGGGUCAAAUGAUCCUCAAAGAGGUUUGAAGUUGAGGGUCGAAUGGGUUAAAUCAGAGUGACCAGGAAGGGUCAAUUGACCCUGAACCCAACGCAAUCUUCGGAGGGCACUUCUCCGUAAGACAAACUAACCCUCAAAACGGCCGUAAGGGUCUUUUGACCCUUAUGGCUAUUUGACCCUUCCCCUCCAAGGUCCGUUUGAUCCCGUUUGACCUUCAAGACCUCUUGACCCUACAAAAAACAAAAGAAAAUGUCUCCUGAAUUAUGAUGAGUAGUCGUUUUUCCUGGUUUUCCAUUCUUAAACCUUCUUGGUAGAUCUUGAAAAAAGCUCCCAUCAGAAAUUCCGAAAUAUCUCUCCAAAAGUUCAUCCUACCCCCCACUUCACAAUCGAAUAAUCCCCUCCAAAUCAGGAACAGCGAGAUCCAUUCCCCAAGAAGUCGCUCAAUGAUUCAAAUACCAAAAAAAGAAAUUCCACAAAAGCAGAAAAUGAAGAAUGAUAACUCAUACCAAGCAUUAAACCAUUGACAAUCCGAUGUAUAUGUCCCCGGGUGAAACAUGUCACUGCAGAUUUAUCGAUUUUUCAAUUAUCGCAUUCGAGCUGAAUGCGCUUUGCAGGCUAUCAUGGCACAAUUUUCAUUUUUCUACUUUUCACACAUAUUUUAAAAAAUGUAUUUUUCAUUUUUCACCGGGGUAUUUUUCCCCUCCGGAAUGAACAACAACUAUUCAUAAAAUAUUCAAAAUAAUCACAUUUACGUAAACGUUCAGCUCAACCGUGCGAUCGUUGUGUUUUUAUCGAAUUUAUGGCAAGAGAGAUAUAGUGAGAGUGGAAGUUUAUGAGAGAAGAAGCUAUUAAAUGAAUUAGUACUUAAUUAAUUAAACGAUAAUGCAAGAUAUGGAAGUCCUAAAGAACUGAGAAUUAAAUAAAAAAACAGGUAAAUUAAUAUAUGGUGGGGAGAGGGGAGCUACACCGUGCUAAAGGCCUAAUAUUCUCUCUCUCUCUCGGAGAUGGGGGGCUGGUACUGGAGGUUAUGACGCCUGGAGGGGCGCGCCCCCCCGCGUCGCAACACUCGCGCACGUACAAUGAUACUCCAGGGGUGUGAUAACACACGAAUUUCUUUCUAGUCGUUCUUCUAGUGUGAUGGUGAGAGGUGAAUGGAAUUAUAUAUUUAAUUUAUUUAGUGGUGGAAGGGAAUUUGGGGUUCAUCCAGCAAAAUUGGACGUUUGAAUCGGAUAAAACUCUCUUUUUAUUGCAAUUUUAUCAUUCGAUUCAAGUGUUUUUUGCUGAAAAUCAAUUGAAUCAGGUAUUUAUUUAAUUGACAAGGUUUUAAUUGCAUGGAAUGAAUAAUUUAAUUGAAGAUUCGUGAAGUUCAUUUCAAUUAACUUUGAUUUUUUUUGAAUAUCUGGAAGUGGAAGGGAGAUAGCUACAAUUUUGUCAUAAACUUUUUUGCGGAGAAUUUCACAAGCUGCAUAAAAGUUCUUAACAAAAAUUUCGCUAUCUCUCAUAGAUUCGGAGAUAUUCAUAAAAAAAUAAUCAACGAUUCCGCAAGUUGAUUUCCAUCUAGUCUAGUUUUCGAUGAAUAUCUUCGAAUUAAAGGAAACAUUCAGCAAAAAUUGACAUCCCACUUCACCCCUCCACCACAAACUCAAAAAAAAAAAACAAAAAAAAUUGCACGAGUGAAGUCUAAGAGCGAGAGACACCGAAAACCCACACGGAGAGAAAAUCACACGAAAAAUGACAAAUUAAAUUACAUUCCACGAAUUUUCAUUUGAAAUCGAGGAAAAAACUUUGAGGCAAAGGUUAAAUUGUUCCCCGUGACGUAAUUUUUAGUGAAGAAGUAAUUUUUCCACAAUUUUCAUCCAAAUUUUUCGUUGAAUUUUCUCUCCGUGAGAAAAAAAUUAUAAAAAGCAAAUAAAAAUAGUCUAAUGAUUAUUGAUAAAAUAUUAUCGUUAAAACUACUACUGAUAAACAAAUGAUUAGAUUAAACCCUAAAAUCAAGAGUGAUGAGAAAAACAAGAAACCAACUACCCCUAAAGUAAUAAACUAAAAACCUAUAAACAUUUUCAAUAAAAGAAGACAAACCUAAAAGUGGGGGAUAAUUAAAAUGAAAAAAAAAAA